UUAUCAAUUACGGAUACAUUAUUUUGGUUAUUGUUUCAGUUGUCAGUUUGAUUGUGUAAUAGUUGGAAUAGGUUUGCACUCUUCCUGGUUUUAGUUCACACCAUGUUCCAUGAGUUAAGAGGAUUUUUUUUCGUCUGCAGAAACUCGCUGUCUGAAGAAUUCGAUAGCAACAAACGCGAUACAGUCAAAAUACAGAGCAGUUUGUGUAUGGCUGCUUUGCGUGUACCAGUUGAUUCGUAGAACUUCUAAGUUGGAACAGCUGAUGGUAGUCUUUUUUAGGACGAUAUCGAAUUUCAACCUACAGUGUUAAUUCUGUGCAGCCAUAACUCGCUCAUCGAUAUUAUAACGUUUGGAGGCGGUGCGGCGAUGGUAGACUACUACUGUAACAUUUGUUAUUUCGUCCGAUGGUACAUUGUAACUCGCCAGAACAUUUAGAGUUACAUUGUAGCUAAAGUUUUCUAUCGCCUCUAAACUUCGUCUUGUCUUGUUCGUCGUGUCAAACAAUAGAGAUAUUUGUGAAGUAGGCUAAUGCCGAAGCGAGUCUCGGGGAGAACUCGAGCUUCCGUUUCUCGCUCAACCACGGAUACGGACGAUUAUCAUCAACCCAACAACAUGAGAAGUCGAAGCAACUCGGGAGUGAAACUGGACAACUAUGCCCGGAUAGUGCAUCAAACCAUACUCCGACAUCAAGACCCAGUCACAGGUCUCCUCCCAGCCAGUGGAGAUCAGCCUGAUGCCUGGGUGAGAGACAACGUGUACAGCAUCCUGUCUGUCUGGGCUCUCAGUCUGGCCUACAGGAAGAAUGCAGACAGAGAUGAAGACAAGGCUAAGGCCUACGAACUGGAACAGAGUGUGGUGAAACUAAUGAGAGGUGUUCUACAGUGCAUUAUGAGACAGCUGGACAAGGUGGAGAAGUUUAAGUACACUAAGAGCACCAUGGACUGCCUCCAUGCUAAGUACAACACCAGGACCUGUGCUACCGUGGUGGGGGACGAUCAGUGGGGACACCUCCAAGUGGACGCUACCUCUCUGUUCCUGCUGUUCCUCGCUCAGAUGACUGCCUCAGGACUCCAUAUCGUCUACACUCAAGAUGAGGUGGAUGUGGUACAGAAUCUCAUGUUCUACAUCGAGGCGGCUUACAAAGUGGCUGACUACGGGAUGUGGGAGCGAGGAGACAAGACGAACCAGGGGAUCCCUGAGCUCAACGCUAGCUCCAUCGGCAUGGCUAAAGCAGCUCUGGAGGCCCUGGAUGAACUGAACCUGUUUGGAGCCGGAGGAGGACCAGGGUCUGUGGUGCACGCUCUGGCUGACGAUAUACAGCACUGUCAGUCCAUCCUCAACUCCAUGCUUCCCAGGGCAUCUAUGUCUAAAGAGGUGGAUGCAGGGGUUCUGUCCAUCAUCUCGUACCCGGCCUUCGCUGUAGAGGACAUCUCUAUAGUCAACAUCACCAAGGAGAAGAUCAUAUCCAAACUACAGGGUCGAUAUGGAUGCUGUCGGUUUCUCAGGGAUGGACACAAAACACCUAAAGAGGACCCCAACCGUCUAUACUAUGAGUCUGCUGAGCUGAAGCUCUUUGAGAACAUAGAGUGUGAAUGGCCCCUGUUCUGGACCUACCUCAUACUGGAUGGCGUCUUCACCAACAGCCCAGAACAGGUCCAGGAGUACAGGGAUGCUCUGGAGGGGAUUCUGAUCAAGCAGAAGGACGGGAUCUGCCUACUACCAGAGCUCUACAGCGUUCCACCUGAUAGGGUGGAUGAGGAGUAUGUAAACCCCCACUCUGUGGAGAGAGUCCCUCUGGGGAAGCUCCCUCUAAAGUGGGGUCAGUCCCUCUACGUCCUGGGAAGUCUACUGGCAGAGGGUUUCCUGGCCCCUGGAGAGAUAGAUCCUCUCAACCGACGUUUCUCCACCAUCCCCAAGCCAGACGUGGUGGUGCAGGUGUCUAUCCUGGCAGAGAACGAGGAGAUCCAGGAGUUGUUGAUGAAGAAUGGGAUAGAGGUGGAGACAAUAGCUGACAUACACCCCAUCCACGUCCAACCUGCUAGAGUCCUCAGCCACAUUUACGCUCGACUCGGACGUAACCAGAGACUGGGGCUGACUGGUAGACCCUACAGGAGGAUUGGAUGUCUAGGAACUUCUAAGUUCUAUGUCAUCCGCAACACCAUCUUUGCCUUCACGCCACAGUUCAUAGAUCACCAGCAGUUCUACUUGGCGUUGGACAACCAGAUGAUUGUUGAUAUGCUUCGUACAGACCUGUCCUACCUCUCCUCUCGAUGGAGGAUGACUGGAAGACCCACUGUCACCUUUCCUAUCUCUCAGACCAUGCUCACUGAAGACCACUCUGACCUGGACCCUGCGGUUCUGGCUACUCUGAAGAAGCUACAGGAUGGAUACUAUGGAGGAGCAAGGAUCCAGACGGGGAAGCUCUCUGAGUUCCUGACCACUUCCUGUUUUGCCAAACUCAGCUUCCUGGAUGCCAGUAAGCAUGCGGGCGGCAUGGGCCGGGAACAAGAUGAUGAUGAUGACUAUGGAUGCUUUGCUGAGCAUGGCAUGACCUUCAAUGGUGAGGCUGAUGAUCUAGCCCAGUACCUGGACCAGUUGUUGAUCACAGCGAACCCCAGCAGAGGGUCAAAGGUCAGAGGUGACUCUGGAGGGUUGGACAGGUUCAAAGCAGCAGCCACCAAGACCAAGGAUAUGGUGUCUCUGAUGCACAAGGCCAAGGAACUCCACCUACACAAUGCCCACUUGUAUCUCCCCACCAAGCUCUUCCGUUCCCCUCAGCCCUCCCUACACCUCACCCUCACAGAUUCCUCUGCGCCUCACACCAGUCAGUUUCCUCAGGUCGUAGUGACCUCAGAGUGUAACCUGCCCAGAGAUUCCAGUGGUGAUAUAGACUACAAUAGUCUGGUCCAGCUCCUCAGAGACACCCACAGUCUACCAGACCAGGCGGACAUACUGUACAUCCUCUUCAAAGACAAGGGUAUGGAGUGGGACACCAGGCUACAUGGUAAAGGCUCUACAGUCCGCUCCCUGCUGACAGACCUGUAUGUGAAGGCAGGAGACCUCAAACACUGGGGACUCAUACGCAUGAUCUCUGGAAUACUGAGGAAGAAAGUAGAGGAACUCGACUGGGCUUGCUCUGAUUUGUUGGCCCACCAGAAGCACCUGACUGUGGGUCUGCCUCCAGAACCUCGGGAGAAGACCAUCACAGCACCCAUCCCUCCAGACAAGCUGGCCAUGCUGAUAGAUGAAGCUAGUGAGAACAACAUCACUAUAGCCAUCCUCACACAGGAGAUCAUGGUGUACCUGGCGAUGAACAUGCGUACCCAACCCAGCCUGUUCAGUGAGAUGUACAGGCUGCGUAUCGGACUCAUCAUCCAGGUGAUGGCCACAGAGCUGGCACAGUCUCUCAACUGCUCAGGAGAGGAGGCUACAGAGAGUCUGAUGAGUCUGAGUCCGUCAGAAUUGAAGAUCCUGCUGCAUCACAUCCUCAGUGGGAAGGAGUUUGGAGUGCAGAGGAGCGUGCGGUCUGUAGACGCAGGUGCCAGUCCUGCCAUCUCUAUCCACGAGGUGGGUAAUGUGGGCGCCACCAAGAGCGAGAGGGCAGGCAUCAGCAAGCUGAAGAGUGACAUGAGGAUGUUGGAGGAGCACAGGUUGUCAUGGUCGCAGCAAAGACAGAGCCUAACACCACAUUCGCUGGACAUGGAACAUAUUGAAUCUGGGAGGUACAGGCUCCCCUCCAUAGAGUCUCUGGACGUUCCAGUGAGCACGCCCGUCGUCAAGGAUACGAGGCACGGCCAAUGGCUGCGUAGGAGACGUCUAGACGGAGCACUCAACAGAGUCCCCAUAGGCUUCUAUCAGAAGGUCUGGAAGAUUCUGCAGAAGUGUCAUGGUCUGUCCAUAGAAGGAUUCGUUCUACCAUCUUCAACGACAAGGGAGAUGACUUUAGAUGAGAUCAAGUUUGCGGUGCACGUGGAGACGGUGCUGAACCGGGUGCCCCAGCCAGAGUACCGCCAGUUACUGGUGGAGGCCAUCUUAGUUCUCACCAUGCUGGCAGACGUGGAUAUAGACAGCGUGGGCAGCAUCAUCCAUGUAGAGAAGAUCGUCCACAUCGCCAACGACAUGUUUUACCACGACCAGAAGGACUUGGGAGCAGAGGAGCAGAUCUUAGAGAGAGACCCCUCCACAGGAGUGUGUCGCUUGUUGUAUGACAGCGCCCCAAGUGGACGAUUUGGCAGUAUGACAUACCUCACCAGGGCUGUGGCUGUAUAUGUACAGGACUUUCUGCCCUGCGGCUCCUGUGCCGUGCAGUAGACACACACGUGCUGGCUGUAUCAGAAUACCUGUACCUGCAUUCUAAAGGGGAGGCUUUUUUGGGAGGCUUUUUUGGGUAUGUGAAAGUAGAACGUUUUAAUAUUAUUUGACAUUUUGAAAAUUGAGUGUGUUUUAAAUGCCAAGAUGUCAUAUUAAUUUGGCCUUUCGUCUAGUAGAAUUCGCUAUAUACUCUAUUGAGGAAGAGAAUCGUCUUUUCACACCCACUUGUGUUUGACAACAGCUGAAAUCAGAAUAGGGGACGGCGCUCUACAAAAAUGAACGACUGGUGGAAACAAGCCCGAUUGCGCAUUAGAUAAGUAGUAUGUUGAUAUUUGUUGCUUACUGCAUAUGUCUUUACUAAGCAGUACGUUCUAAAUAGUAUGUAGUACUGUUAGUACACAAUAUGUAGUUUUAGUAAGUAGGAGGCAUGACAGAUUUCAGACACGGCCAUCCACACACACCAACAUGUACACGCUUUAAACACAAACACAAGUGUGAUCUGACUGUUAGACUUCAAAAGCAUUUACUUGAGUGUUCAUUGGGUCUCAUUUUUUAUCAUUUUUUUGUCCAGCCUGGCAGAUAUUUACAUCCAACAUGGACAACACACUGUCUUUGUUUGGUCAGACAAAUAGCACCCUAUUCCAUAUAUAUAGUGUACUACAUCAACCAGGCCCCUUAGGGUCCUGUAAUCCUUGCUAACUAUUACUCGAUAACUAGUACGUCACUGGUACCUAAUAACUGAUAACUAGUCAUUGAUAACUAGUAAGUCACUGAUAACUGAUAACUAGUCAUUGAUAACUAGUAAGUAAGUGGUACCUAAUAACUGAUAACUAGUCAUUGAUAACUAGUAAGUCACUGAUAACUGAUAACUAGUCAUUGAUAACUAGUAAGUAAGUGGUACCUAAUAACUGAUAACUAGUCAUUGAUAACUACUAAGUAACUGGUACCUAAUAACUGAUAACUAGUCAUUGAUAACUAGUAAGUCACUGAUAACUGAUAACUAGUCAUUGAUAACUAGUAAGUAACUGGUACCUAAUAACUGAUAACUAGUCAUUGAUAACUAGUAAGUCACUGAUAACUGAUAACUAGUCAUUGAUAACUAGUAAGUAACUGGUACCUAAUAACUGAUAACUAGUCAUUGAUAACUAGUAAUUGAGACCUAUAAGAGGGUUAUCAUGGGCAGUUUACAGUUCCAUUAUCUGAUUUGUUGAGAUGACUUGACUAAUGUAUAAUCUUCUGGUAGGUCUGCCUCCAUGUGAUAGAUGUUGUGUGUUUCCUAAUCCUGGGGACCUUAAAGGGUGAGCAUUUAUGUUGUUGAACUAACACACUUGACUGAUGGAGGUGUAUUAGUGCUAGGACAAUAACAAAAAUGUGCACCUUGGGUCGCAGGGACCAGGAUUGGAAAACACUGUUGAAACUGAUGCUGCCUGGGUUGUAUAAAUGUCGGACAUUUUGUUUUAUUGCCAGUGUGAAUUCUGGGACAUUUUUGUUUCUGAACCUCAAAAGCCAUAUGCUGUAUUAUGAAGGUGUUGUUUUGGGGAUUUUCACAGUUGCUGUUUUUUGUUUACUAAUAUACAAGGCAGAAAGUAUAACAUAAUAUGCAAAAAGAGGACGAUGUAGAUUUGAUAAAUUACUUAAUUUGAGAAAUGUUUUCUUUUUGUGAUUUAUUUUUACAAGCUCAACUUUUAUAAAGGUUAAGUUAAAUGAAUGUAAUUGGCUUUGCAAGUAUUCGAUCAGAUUAAACGUUAGCCAACAGAACAAACGGUAAUGAAUGUAACUAAAGGUGUGGUUUCUAAUGUCACCCUGUUCUCUAUGCAUGAUACUAUAAACUGAGUGGACAAAACAUUAAGAAAACCGUCUCUUUCCAUGACAUAGAAUGACCAGGUGAAAGAUAUGAUCCCUUAUUGAUGCCACCUGUUAAGUCCACUUCAACCAGUGUAGAUGAAGGGGAGGAGACAGGUUAAAGAGGGAUGUUUUUAAGCCUGGAGUCAAUUGGGACAUGGGUUGUGUGUGUGUGUGCCAUUCAGAGGGUGAAUGGGCAAGACAACAUAUUUAAGUGCCUUUGAACAGGGUAUGGUAGUAGGUGCCAGGUGCACCGGUUUAGAUGUGUCGAGAACUGCAACGCAAGUCAAUAUUAGGAAGGUGUUCUUAAUGUUUUGUACACUGUAUAUACACUACACAAUAUAGCUCAGGAAUGGGGCGCAACAAACUCAAAUGUCAGUUUGUACUCAUAUUUAAAAAGUGCAAUUUGUAUCGGAAUAAAAUCCUUCACAAAAAAAAGUGACAAGAGAUUGGCACCUUGAUGAGUUGAAUAGUUUGUAAAAUGAUAUAUAUGUUCACAGUAGAUGGUGGUAACCUCAAUGUAAUUGGCUACUGAAAGGUUUUACUGUAUCUGUAAGUAAGGAUCACUGUUUGACAAUAAAAUAAAUCAUAUAGAUGGAAUAUUAAAGGCUGUUGCGAGGA